UUCUCAUUUUUUCUCCAUUCUUAGUGUACAGUCAUUUUUUUCUAAUGGACUCCUUAAGAAUUGAUCAGGAGUUUUAUAAAACCUUGACUCCUCUUAAACGUAAAACUUUUUCCGAAACUAUGCUCAUAAGACGAAGUCCUUUUCUACAUUGUGAAAAUCAAAAUUCUGGAACUGAAAAUCGUGGCAAAUGUCUUUACUGCAGCAAACGUGCAAAUAACACAAAUAAUUCUAAAACAAAGGAAAAUAAUAUUCAAAGUAAACAAAUAUCUUGUUCAACUAGAAUCCCAUCAUCAUCCUCUGAUCGUAAAUUGACAGUCAAAACAGCUGAAAUUGAAACAGUAACUAAAAAUGAAAAUAAUUCCGAAUAUGAAACAGAAACUUGGUUAAAAUUACAAAAUGACUUAAGAAAUCUGAAACUGAGACAAGAAAAACGUACGCAUAAACCUCAAAGCAGUGAAAUUGAAAUAAAAACAACUGAGAAAGAAACACGAAAUGGUAAUAAUAAAAAAUUAAACCAAGGUUUUCAAUCUGAUAAUAAAGACUUUCAAGAGAAACAGCAAUCAUCCCUAACAUCUUUCCAAUUUGAAACUUUUCCUAAUAGAACAAAUAAUGGAAAUGAAACCUUUAACUGUGAGGAAUCUACCCAAAUCAGUGGUUACUAUUCCGAAGACUCUAAAGAAGAGUCCAGCAGUAUUUUAGAUCUUAAUACUUCUUCAGAAAACUCUCUUAAUGCUGCAAAUCACAAAAUAAAACCUUUAACAAAUUCCACCUUCAUUUGCCCGCAAGAAACAAGUGAAAAUGAAUCACAAGAAUUUCAAACAGCAGCAAACAGUUUUCAAGAAAAUGGCAAUGAAACUACAAGUAUUGAAACUAGAGAAAAAUUGCCUUCUCCCAAAAAAUAUCCUUUUUAUAAACCGGAAAACUUUCAUAUACCCUUAAUCAUUAUAAAUGAAAUCGAGAUUAUACAUCAUGGUUUAGAAGUGGCCAAACCGGAAAAGAAAUCCUUAAAAUCUUUAAAAGUCCCUUUAAUAACAAUAAAAUCCGAAUUUGAAGAAAAUAAAGAAUUGCAAAAGAAACUUAUUGAAAUGAAACUAUAUAAACAAAUUGAUAUAAAGGAUAAAGUCAUGGCGCACUUGUUGGAAAUUUCGAGAGCCAUAGACUUCCCGAAACUCAAACAUUUGUGUAAUUUAAUGUGUGAAAAAACUGACGAUGGCAGCUGCAAGAAAAUGCUACUGGAGAAAGAAAAAGAAAAGAAAGUGGAAGAGGAAUCUGGAGGUUUCUUUUAUUCCAUUUGGAGUGCCAUUAAAUAUCCUUUUGUGCCAAAUCCUAGUAAAAUAGAGGAAAAGUAUGAUAUUGAAAAUAAAAAGGAAGAGGAUAAAGAGAAAAAUGAAGAGAAGGAAAGAUCGGAAGAAAAGAUUUCAGAAGACUUAGAGAAAGCGGAUUCUAAGAGGACUGCAAAGGACAAUUUAGAUAAUAAAGAAGAUAUUCCCAAAAGAAUUAUACUAGAUAAGGGAAAAGAAACCUCUAAAAAAAUUCAACCUACGGACAGUUUAGAUAAUAAAGAAAACAAGGAACCGAAAAAUCUUUUUUCUGAAAAGGAAGAUUCGGGAACUCAAAAAGAAGAUACACUUGAGAAUUAUGUGAAAGAAACUAAUAAGGACUUUAACAAUACGGAACAGAAAGUAAUAAGAGAAAAUGAUAAUGUUGAAAACUUAAAGAAUCUCAAAACUGACCAUAUUAGUAAAGAUAUAGACAAAACAAACAAUUUUCUAGAAGAGGAGAAGAAAAACGAAGAUUUAAAUCUGCUAAUACAAAAUACUGAUAAGAUUAUAGUUACUAAAGAAGAGGACAGUAAAAUGGAGGCAACAAAUAACAAUAAUUUGAAACAAGAUGAAAGGAAAACAAAUACGAAUGCAGAAGAUGAAAGUUCUAAUAAGAAAACUGACAAUUCCUGUCCCAAACCAACAGCAAAUCUGGAGUCCAAUAAGAAAAUAGAAACUGAACAACAAGACAAAAAGCAAACCAAGAAAAAGAAAGGGGGUUUCUUUUCGUUUUUCUCAAAAAGAGAAAAAACUGAUAAAGACAAUAAGAAUCCGGAAUCGAAAGAACCCAGCAACGAAAACGCCAAGAAAAUCGAUGAUAUGGAACAGGUUUUAGAGGAAUUAGAGAAAGAGGAGGAAAAACUCAAAUUAGAAAAAUUUAAGGAGGCCUUAAAGAAGGCUGAAAAGUUAACGGCAAUAGAAACAAAGUCCAGAUCCAAGAGAGCGGGUAGUUUUUAGAGAAAAACUUUAAAUAUUUACUUGUUUAAAUAGUUUUUAAAAGUUUUGUAUAAUUAAAAAGAGAGAUAAAGUACUGAAUAUUUAUGAUAGAAACUAUUUCUUGUUUUUUAUUUUUAUUUUAAAUUAAAAACAAUUUGAAAUUAAGUUUUUUCUAAGUUAAAAUAUUACUAAUUAGAAAUUUAUCAUUAACUUAAAUUAAUUAUUAUUAGCAU